GUCAACUGUCAAUUUAUUCACCACUGUCCCUGUCAAAAGUUUCUUCACGUUUAAACAAGUUUUAUUUACUCCAAAUAAAGAAUUGUAAAAAGGUAGGGAAAGGAAUUAUACUGUUGAACUAUCUUUAAAACAUAAAAAUGGGAGACCAUGAUGAUUUUGAAGACAACCAGUAUCCUGACAAUGAUGAAUUCAUGCCAUACGUUACAGCCGGUAAUCUAUCUCAAAAAAACGGCGCGAAAGUUGCUGUCUGGGGUAAAGUUACAAAAGUUACUGCUAAUGAAGGAUUCUAUGUUAAAACUGUGGAUGAUCAAGAGAUUCUUAUACAAUUGAAAAAGCCACUUAGCGAACCUUUGGAAGGAUGGUACGAAAUAUAUGGAGUUUCACAAGGAAAGAGUGUAUUGUGUGAUGAGUAUGUUCCAUUUUCUGACGAUAUGGCCAAGAAUAUUGAUACAGAAGGCCAUAAAAAUCUUGCAAAGUUACUAGCAGCUCUGGAGGACCCAUGGAAUCUUGGAGAGAAUCCAAGUGAUAUGAAUGGAGUAACUCCAAUGGAGUAAGUCUGAAGUUAAUUAAUUAGGAGAAAGAUGUAUCUGAUAUUUUGUAAUUCCACAUGAGUACUGAGAAAUAUUUGAAGAGUACAAUCAUUCAAGAAGUUGAUCUUUUAUAAUAUUAAUCUCUUGUAAUAUUUGUUUUGUACUAACUCUAAACUCUGAAAGUAUACUUUAAAUAUAUGUACAUUAAACUUAAAUUAUAUGCUAGUAUUAAAUUGGUAUUGAGUUUGCUGUUUAGUAGCACAACAAGAAUUCCACAGUUAAUUCAUUUAAAAUAUAAUUGUUACAAAUAUGCUAUGUUGCUAAGGUUAUUAGUUUUAAGGUUUCAUAUUAAAAAAGUUGCCACUGUU